AUGACUGUAUCCAUCCGAUAUAUUAUUUCAUCGUCUUUAACACUUCUAACCAACAUUUGGCUACUCCAAUUAAUCAUUCGACGCCCCAAGCUGAGGAACUUUCGCAACGUAAUAUUAUGUAGCGCUUUAAUUACCGAUAUUGUUUUCGUUUGUGGCUAUAUCAUUCCACGUUUUGUUCCCUUUAAUGAAUAUCCUUUCGAUGUUCGAUGUGGCCUUUUUAGUCGUCUAGGCCAAUGCCUUUUCCUAUCCCUUAAUAUUCAUGUCUUUCUACUUAUCGCUGAAAUCUAUGUAGCUAUUAGCCGUCCAUUCGCUUUAUUGGGUUUAACAUUUAAAAAAGUGGUGCUAGCUUCUGUUAUGAUAACAUGGACCAUCACACUUGGUAUACCAGUAACAUUUCAAAUAUAUAUCGAAAUCGCCAACGUGACAUCUGCAGCUAAUAAUAUUUGUUUUGAAACAGUUUAUAUAUUAUAUCAAGUCUUUACAAUAUUGGUUACAAGUAUAUCAGUCAUAGUCUUGCUCAUACUCUUAUUUUCAUAUUGUAAAAUAUAUUCGGUAGUGCGAAAAUUGAGUCAUAAUAUGCGACGAUUAAGUGGAUUAGCUAACGAUGAUUUUAUGGUGACUAGUGAUAGCUCUAGUAAUACACGAAAAGUAUUACAACAAAUUGUCUUCGUUUUUGGAUUUUACUUGCUAUUCUUAGGGCCAUUUUUCGUUAUUUGUAUUAUGAAUAUCUUUGGCUUAGCUAGUGUUGUUACUCUUCGUAUUGCAACCCAAAUCGUCCAGUACAUUUCCUUCAUGUUCCCAGUCUUUCAGCCUAUUAUCCUGACUAUACAAAGAUCCGAUGUUCGUGAAGAAGCAGUCCGCCAACUCAAGUAUUUAUUUUGUUGCAUUAAAUCAGCUCAUAGAAACGCUUACAAUAAGAGCUUUUCAUCAUCGACCAGAAGAGUUACACAAGAAUUUCGACACGAUCUAACAACAUUAAUCGCCUAUUACUCACAGGGUUACACGAUCAGAGAAUCCAAUGUUUAA